CCUGUGAGUUUUUUUUUUUUUUGGACUGCAACUUGUUCCCGCUCUACUACGCACUUGAUUUAGUUUGUAGCUGGGAUACAGCGAGCAUCGACGGACGACAUGACUCUCCGGCAGCGAGGAGCGUUUUUCUAUCUCUUUCUCUUUCUUUGCUCCCGGAAUGCGUGGGCCGAUGUGGAGGUGACGAUGCACAAGAACAUCGAGGUGUACCUGGGUGACUCGGUCGAGAUCCCUUGCCAGUACAAGUUCUACGAAGUCGACGGCGUUCCCAAAUUUGUCAUGAUCCAGUGGUUUGUGGUGAAGAACGCAGUCACCAGAGCACGGGCUCGCAUCUACUACGGCGAUGACCAACACCAAGUCGUGGAUGGGGACACGGAGUACACUGGUCGUAUCCAGAUGACUACAGACCAGCACGGAACUAAGCUCACCAUCAAGAAAGUGCAGCUGUCUGAUCAGCGGAACUUCAUCUGCUCGGUGAACGGCCUGUCCGAUGGCACCAUGGAGAGGAAGACUUACCUCAGCGUGUUUGCUCCUCCGGAAGCUCCGAUCAUCAAGGCUGUCCAAGCAGGAAUAUCUGUGACCAAUGAGAUGCCCUCUACGGUGGCCGCAUGUCAGGCCCGGAACGGUUUUCCCCAAUUCAACAUCACCUGGUACAGGAACAACAUUCCACUGGUGCCUUCAGCGGGACGUGUGAAAGUGUGGACCGGUGAAACGGUGGAGUCAAGCGGCUUGUAUUCGGCACACAGCACGCUGGAGUACAAGGUGCUCAAGGAGGACAAGGAUGCUAACUUUUCCUGCGAGGUCAGCUUCUACGUGCCUGGCGCCAUCAGGACCGUCGAGUCCAUCAGCGUCGGCAUCACCGUUCACUACCCAGUCACCAUGGUGGAGCUGUGGAGGGAGUCGCCUGCGGGAUUGAUCAAGGAGGGGGAUACUGUGGAGCUGCGUUGCCAGGGCGAUGGCAACCCCACGCCGACCUUCAUCUUCAGCAGGGCGCGAGAAGACGGCGCGGAUGAGGACUUGGACAGCCGCGGCAACGUCUUGAUGCUGCAGGCGGUGUCACGCAGAGACCGCGGCCUCUACCGUUGCCGACUGCCGGAUGGCACCUCCCACGAUGAUGUCAAAGGAGAGAUGGAGCUCAACGUGCACUACCUGGACCCUGCAGUGGUGGUACCCAAAGAAUCUGAGGCCAUGUUAAAAGGGGAAUGUUUGACUGCAUCGUGCAACGCUCUGUCUUCUCUGAAAACAUCGAUGGUCUGGUACAAGGACAGCAAGGUAGUGGGUGAAGGAAACAUGCUACACCUGCAGGACGCCACCUACGAAACGGCGGGCGAGUACGUGUGCGAGGUGACCGUUCCCGCCCUGCCCACCCUGCACACCAACGGCUCCGUCCACAUCGUCGUUCACGGUGGUCCUCAGCUGGUGGGUGAGGAGCAGGAGGUGCAUCUGAAAGCGGCAGUUGGCAAGACGGUCAACCUGAGCUGCGAGGCACGUGGCCACCCCGCACCCAGAAUCACGUGGAUCUUCGACGGUUGCCAGAAUUGGCACGAGGUGUUCAGCAAGUCCGGCGACCACAUGACCCACAGCGUGGUGUCUUUCGCCGUCGAUUCGGACAUCAGCGCCAUCUGCAACACCUCCAACGACUUUGGCAUUGACGUCAGAGCUUUCAACAUCAAAGCCAUUCCCCUGGUCAGCUCCAGCACUCACUUCUCCCCUGCAGAGGGCAGUGGCGUGAUCUUUGUGGUCAUCAUCCUGUGUCUGCUGCUGCUCGGCAUCCUGGGCAGUGUGCUUUACUUCCUCCACAAGAAGGGCAAGAUCCCGUGUGGGCGCUCAGGGAAGCAGGACAUCUCCAAAGAGAAGACCGCCAAAGAUGACAUCGUGAUGGAGAUGAAGGACAACGGCAUUGCCAAGAGUGAGGACGCGGUGCUCCUCAACGCAGUCAAUGGAGACAAAAAUGGCACAAACGAGCAGUGAUGGUGUGCAAGAAUCAGCAGUGGAGGAGCUGAUCUGAGACCAGCAGGGACUCUAAUCACACAUUCCCACCAUCAUACACUUCAGUAUUUCCACACACACACACACACACACACACACACACACACACAAUCUUUUGAGUGAAUGUUUUUCAUUUUCUAAAAGUUCAUCCAUCGCUUGGCCUUUGUUUCAUCAUCACUUCACCAUCAAAGUGUACAUAUUAUAUAUAUAUUUUGUUAUUUAAGAUAUUCACACACAAAAUACACACACGCACACUCGUUUCACACUGCUGUCAAGCCCGUUUCUCCUUUUCCCUUCAUACUGUUUGUAAAUAUGCCAGCGACUGAUGCCGGGCGGAUUUCAAAGAGGUUCGCGAUCCGUUUUGCCCGGUUUUGUUUGUUUUUGAGAUUUCUGCGGAAUACACUGAAUAUGUUUGUAUGUAUUUUACUUGUGUUGUGUUCCACCAAUUUUGCGUGUUUAAAAUUGUUCACAAGCGUGCUUACAUUUGUUCAUAAGUGGUACUUUCAUGACGGUACUUUUGAAGAGAAGAUUUCAAUUUGAUGCAGGCAGACUGACGCCCCCGCUGGGCCCGUUUUGUGAAUGUCAGGUAGCUCUUUUAUUUUUUGGUGAAUUUUUUUUUUUUUUAAUAACUUCUUUCCACUGACAUGCGAUGAUGUCGUGCUCUGCUGGGUUCCAGAAAACUGCACACCAGGGGAAACAUUGUUCAUAUUUUGUGUUUUAUUUCCCUCUACAAAAGAAGUGUGUAAAUUAAGUGCGGUUUAUGUGAUUCUUUGACACUUGCGUUUUUUUUCAAAUGUUUUUGCAAGAAAAUGCCAAAUAAAAAGUUUUUUUCAA